AUGAGUGACAAUUUGAUGGAGAAGGUCAGUGCUUUUGGUGAACGCCUCAAGAUUGGAGGUGCCGAGGUGGGUCGAAAGAUGAGCGCAGGCAUGAGCUCAAUGAGCUUCAAGAUGAAGGAGCUAUUACAAGGUCCUAACCAAGCUGAUAAACUUGUUGAGGAUGCCACUUCAGAGACGCUUGAUGAGCCUGAUUGGGCCAUGAAUCUUGAUAUCUGUGAUAUGAUCAAUCAUGAAAAAGUUAGCAGCGUUGACUUGAUUCGUGGAAUAAAGAAGAGGGUCAUGAUAAAAAAUGCUAGGAUACAAUAUUUAGCCUUAGUGUUGCUUGAAACAUGUGCUAAGAAUUGUGAGAAGGCUUUCUCAGAGGUGGCAGCAGAGAGGGUUCUUGAUGAAAUGGUGAAGUUGAUUGACGAUCCUCAGACUGUUGUCAAUAAUAGGAAUAAAGCUCUAAUGCUGAUUGAAGCAUGGGGAGAGUCAACUAGUGAGUUGCGUUAUUUACCUGUUUAUGAAGAAACGUACAAGAGUUUAAAAUCGAGAGGUAUCCGGUUCCCUGGUCGUGACAAUGAGAGUUUAGUGCCUAUCUUCACCCCACCUCGAUCUGCGUCAGCACCAGAAGUUGAUGCUAGUUUUGCACAGCAGAUUCAGCAUGAUAUUCCUCUACAAAGCUUUACAGCUGAACAGACGAAGGAAGCAUUUGAUGUGGCAAGAAACAGCAUAGAGCUUCUCACAACAGUAUUGCCCUCUUCACCUCAACAAGAUGCAUUACAGGAGGAGCUUUCCUCCGGCCUGGCUAGGAGAAAAUUAUUGUCAGGUUAA